CUUCAGAGGGAGUUAACUGCGCAGACAAGAUCGUUGCGUAACCACAUGAAACAACAGCAGCCCGCAGUGUCGCGUCCUGUGCGCGGUGGUUUCGUUCAUGACGGGAGUUUAAUAGUGAUUCCGAUCCACGCUUUAAAAAGCAGCGAUAUGAAGGUGAGCAAAAUAUAACUACAGGAGUCAGCAUUCAGAACCGAGAAACACUCGCAGAAAGCCAGUAAACUCUUCAGUUCAGUCCCUUCCACCAUGUUUGCGUCAAUAAUCCUGCUGUUAAUCUGCGUCGUCUUCAUCGUCGUUCAACUCAAAUCCCGAAGGCCCAAGAACUUUCCACCAGGACCCCCAGUCUGGCCGAUACUGGGGAACAUUUUGGACCUGAGCCUGGAGAACCCCCUGAAGGACUUUGAGAGGUUGAAGAAGACCUAUGGAAAUGUCUAUAGUUUAUUUCUCGGUCCCAAACCAGUAGUAGUCAUGAAUGGGAUGAAGACCAUAAAGGAGGCUUUGGUGACCAAGGGUGUCGAUUUCGCUGGAAGACCCCAAGACCUGUUUGUCAAUGACAGCACCCAGAGAAAAGGAGUGAUUCUGGCAGAUUACGGUUCUAGUUGGAAGGAGCAACGUCGCUUUGCUCUGAUGAACUUGAGGAACUUUGGAAUGGGGAAGGACAGCAUGGAGGAGAGGAUUCAUGGAGAGAUACAAUAUACUGUGGACACGCUGGAGAAGAGCAUUGGCAAAUCCUUCAGUCCUCAAAACAUGUUUCACAAUGCGGCCUCCAACAUCAUCUGCCAGGUUCUAUUUGGAAAACGCUUUGAGUAUCAGGAUGAGACCAUGAAAACACUUGUUCAAUGCUUCACCGAGAAUGCCAAGAUAGCCAAUGGGCCAUGGGCUAUGCUUUAUGACUCCUUUCCUUUGAUCAGAAGCCUGCCACUGCCCUUCAGACAGGCCUUUAAGAACGUUGAGACAUGUCAGAAGAUUGCAAAAACUUUGAUGAAUGAGCACAAGCAGACCAGAGUGCCUGGAGAGCCGCGCGACUUUGUUGACUGCUACUUGGAUCGGCUGGAUAAGCCGGGUGAUGAUCGGUCGUCCUUUUCAGAAGCGCAGUUGACUAUGUACAUUCUGGAUCUUCACUUUGCUGGGACUGACACUACUUCCAACACUCUCCUUACUGGUUUCCUCUACUUAAUGAACUACCCACAAGUACAAGAGGACAUACAGUUGCUUACGGCCAUACCUCUCUCCCAUACCUCUCGAUUUUUCUUUAUCCAGGCCGUAAUCCAUGAAAUCCAGAGAGUAGCCAACACUGUUCCACUCAGCGUCUUCCACUGUACAACUAAAGACACAGAGCUCAAUGGAUAUUCCAUCCCCAAGGGUACUCUGAUCAUCCCUAAUCUCACCUCAGUGCUGAAUGAGGAGGGCCAAUGGAAAUUCCCAAAUGAAUUCAACCCUGAAAACUUCCUCAAUGACCAGGGAGAGUUUGUGAAACCAGAGGCCUUCAUGCCUUUCUCUGCAGGCCCUCGGAUGUGUCUCGGAGAGGGUCUGGCCCGUAUGGAACUCUUCCUGUUUACGGUGACGCUGCUGAGGAAGUUUAAGUUCAUCUGGCCUGAGGAUGCAGGAGAGCCAGACUUCACUCCAGUCUAUGGGGUCACUCUGACUCCCAAACCUUAUCGCAUGAAGGUCCAACUCCGGGUAUCGCAGAAAAUCCCAAAUUUAUAGAUUGUUUUAACCAACCAGCAAACAACACGAUCUGAUCUGCACUUACUUGUCACCUACAUACACCAGCUUUAACAAUUAAUAAAACAUAUACUUGUUUCAAAAGCAUCGCUGGUGAAUGCUACAUUUUACUCUUACGCGUAUAUAAAUAUGUAUAACACUAGCUUUAUAGUGGUGCUUUUAGUUUAAGAAUAAAUACGAAAGUGGGAUAUUAAUGAA